UGUGCGGUCCUAUUUGUAUGAACUUCGAACCGUUCAAGCUGAGGGAAGCCAGUUCUUCUUCCACCAUAUAGUUCAAGAGAAAGACAGGACGCAAUAGGAUAUAUUAACGAUGGGAAAGCUGAUCAAGAAUCAUUGGGCUCGCCUGAUCAUUCUGACGGCAGCGGCACGUAUGUACCAAUGCGCCGCCGGAGUGCACGGCUUCUUCUGGCCCAAGGUCUUUUGGGACUUCCUAACAAAGAAUCUCGACGGCGCCGUAAAACCCGUUCCUGUCCUGCAAAUUCUCAACUUGUUGUUCGGACUCUUAUGCCUAGCCUGGGAAUGGCCGCUGAAACCCCUCGCCGGAACUGCGAUGCACCGUAGCAUUGAGAUACGAUUGCUGGUAUUUCCCAUCAGUACGCUAUGUGCGAUAUUGCUAUAUCAGGGGACCAAUUCUGCACUUUAUUACCUGAUCGGAAUGGUUGUGUAUUUCUGGGCGUAUAGUGAGGGAGAGGUUGUCUGCGCUGAGCCAUGGACACUGCCCAGGAGAAUAAGACCCGGCCAGCCGAAAGUGUAAGACAAAGGCAAAGCCCAUAAGGCACAUCAGCGCUUUGAUUCCCGUCCAUUUAUGGACUUGUCGACUUGGCUCCUCUUAUCCAGCGAGCCAGCGAGGAUGAUAAAGAGCUGUGUUUCAACAGAAAACUUCACUUCCAUCCGAUUUUAGAUAUAUACCCGAUUUUAGAUCUAUACCCGUUUGUCAUACAUACUCUGUAUAUAGAUCCCUUUCCAACCUGUCUCCCACAGGUCGUAUAUAUGUAUUUAUCAUAUUUUUCAUGUGUUAUAUGUUAUUGUUCAAGCAUUUACAGCGUUGCUUUCUGGUCUUUUUUGUUUACCCACUGCCUAUUCUCUCGAACCUGCCUUGGCAAAGUUGCUCGUAUAAAAAUGCGUCAGUAAGACAUAAAAAAGAUAUUUUAAUUGCUUUUCGCAUUGUUGCCUAGAGGCAAGUCGUCAACGACUGAAAUAU